AUGGUAUUAGGAGAUGUUUUUAUGCCAUUCUGCACCCAUACAGCAGCAGGGGUUCAGUUUAUUGGGAUGAUAGUAAUCACCGUGAUCGUGGCAGUAGCCAGAAGAAACUUUAACUUCCAGAGCUGCAUAUUAAGUUGCCUAUUAAUCAGCAAAAGACUUGUGUCGAUCAUGACACUUGCUAGGCCCGUAAUGGGGUUACUUGCAGGCUACGCAUCAGCCAGCAUCAACUCGGUGGUGUACUUCUUUGUGCAUCUAGAAAUUGCUGAAUCGUUGCUGACCCUCCUCUACUUUGGGUAUAUGCUGAUUGCUUUAUAUGCAAUUUUUGUCCUGUCUGGUGCCAUCGACUUCUUUUCAAGCUUCUGUGCAAUUUCAUAUCUAGCAAUGUUAGUUUCCCAUGCUCCUCUGGUUGGCAUCUGGUUUCCAUUGGUUUUUGCUGGAAGCCAUCUUGCUUCAAAAGAUUCUUCUCAGGGAGAUUCUGCACUAACGGAUGAGGUAGCCUUUGAGUUCCGAAGCAAUCCACAGCAGAUAUGGCACAAGAGACCCGUGUUCUCGAUUCUUUUCGCAGGGAUUCUUCCUUUUGCAAUCAUUGCAGACCAACUUCACCUCGGCUGGAUGCUGCUUGGAAGGAUGAACUUUACAUUGCCUCAGAUUCCUGCCUCCUCGUCAAUGCAAAAUUUUUAG